AUGAAGCUCUCUUCCAUCCUCGCCAUCACCCUCGCAGUCGUCGCACCGGCUGCAGUAGAUGCCGCCAAUUGCAAGACCGGCUUGCACUAUUGCGGAUACGUCCUUCUUCGCAGAGGCAACUACUACAACCAAAUUAUCGAAGCCCUCAAAAAGGCAGACAAGUCCACUUCCUCGGCCUAUGUGAAUCAUUCUCUCUUUUAUUGCACGGGUGGGAGCAAUGGCAACAUCAAAUACCAGGCCAAGUGCAGCAGCUGUGUUGACGGUGGAGAUGGGAAGAGUGAUCACUGCUGAAUAGGCUGAGGCUGUUUAGAUUUUCAUCGGGUCUGAGAGCAGUCAAUCAGAAGGAGUACUUAUAGCAUCAGGUGUUUGGUC